AUGAAGACAACCACUUUGCAUCUACGAUCAGAACUUGGAAAGCCGCGCGAGCGCAGAGCGGCCCUGACUCCCACCACCACAAAAGCCCUCAUUACUGCAGGAUACCAGGUUAAUGUUGAGCGGAGCCCUCAAAGAAUCUUCGAUGACGAGGAAUACGAGAAGGUUGGAGCCACAUUAAUACCAGAGAAUACUUGGCGUGAUGCCCCAAAGGACCACAUCAUCGUUGGUCUCAAGGAGCUACCAGUCGAGACAUUCCCCCUUGAGCAUGUACACGUCCAGUUCGCCCACUGUUAUAAGCAACAGGCGGGAUGGGAAAAGGUUCUUGCCAGAUUUGUCCGAGGAAAUGGUGUGCUCUUGGACCUCGAAUUUUUGACCGACUCGAGCGGAAGGAGAGUAGCAGCAUUUGGGUAUCACGCUGGGUUUGCUGGGUACGUCUACUUCAUAUCGGCAUGGCAAAUCAACCAUCCGGACCGGCCAUUGCCAUCUGUGUCAUCAUAUCCCAAUGUCGACGCCUUGAUUACCGACGUCAAGAAGGCUCUCGCACAAGGAGCUGAGAAGACCGGCAAGGCACCAAGAGUGCUUAUCAUUGGAGCUUUAGGGCGUUGUGGCAGUGGCGCAGUUGACCUAUGCUCGAGAGCUGGUGUCCCAACUGAGAACGUCCUUCGGUGGGAUAUGGCAGAGACAGCGAAGGGUGGCCCCUUUCCAGAGAUCGUUGAGAGCGACAUCUUCAUCAACUGCAUUUACCUCAACAAGAAGAUCCCCAACUUUGUCGAUAUGCCAUCGCUCGAUACACCGAGUCGCAAGCUGUCUGUCGUCUGUGACGUUUCCGCAGACACAACAAAUCCAAAUAACCCGAUCCCUAUCUACACAGUAGCAACCACAUUCGAUAAACCCACUGUUUCUGUCGAGGUCAACGGCGAGCCGCCGCUCAGCGUUAUUAGCAUUGAUCAUUUGCCAAGUUUGUUGCCCAGAGAGGCAAGUGAGGCCUUCAGCAAUGACCUGUUGCCCCAUUUAUUGGAGCUCAAGAAUUGGAAAAGUAAUCCUGUGUGGGCCGGCGCAGAGAAACUGAUGCAAGAGAAGGCUUCCACUUUACCAAAGAGCGAGUUAUAA